CCAACAGGAGCAGAGACUUCCCAAGCAGCCCCUGUCUCAGGGCCAGGGAAGCACACCCGCAGGACCAGAAUGCCAAACAGGGAGACUCAGGGUCCCCCCUCCCUGCCCCGUGUGACCCUGCCUUGGCUGCUGGCUCCACUGUAAUGUGGUCCAUUGUCUCAGGCUCCAUGGAUACUGGAAUUACCCAGACACCAAAAUACCUGGUCACAGCAAUGGGGAGUAAAAGGACGAUGAAACGUGAGCAUCUGGGACAUGAUUCUAUGUAUUGGUACAGACAGAAAGCUAAGAAAUCCCUGGUGUUCAUGUUUUACUACAACUGUAAGGAACUCAUUGAAAACAAGACUGUGCCAAAUCACUUCACAGCUGAAUGCCCUGACAGCUCUCGCUUACACCUUCAUGUGGUCGCGCUGCAGCAAGAGGACUCAGCUCUGUAUCUCUACACCAGCAGCCAAGACACAGCCCUGCAGAGUCAUCGCCUCCCUGUGCACAAACCUCCUGGGUCUAGUCAGAAAGCCAUGGGGGCAACGCAUCCAGGACACACAGAACCUGAAGUCACCCAGACUCCCAGCCAUCAGGUCACACAGAUGGGACAGGAAGUGGUCUUGCAGUGUGUUCCCAUCCCUAAUCACUUAAACUUCUAUUGGUACAGACAAAUCUUGGGGCAGAAAGUCGAGUUUCUGGUUUACUUCUAUAAUGAUAACAUCUCAGAGAAGUCUGAAAUAUUUGAUGAUCGAUUCUCAGUUGAAAGGCCUAAUGGAUCACAUUUCACCCUGAAGAUCCAGUCCACAAAGCUGGAGGACUCAGCCAUGUACUUCUGUGCCAGCAGUGAAGCCACAGCCUUGCAAACACACCUCCAGCCUGUUCACAAACCCUCAUAGAUCUGCCUCCCUCCCAGCCACCAGCUCCCACUUCCUGCCUAAGAAAAGGAUGUCUCUGGUUGGUUUUGUUCUUGCAGCUGUCUCCAAAUGGACAGAUAUCUAAAAUUAAAUUGCCACAAGAUAUCUUGGACAGAAAUGGUCAGAUGCUGCAGGAUUUGAAGAAUUUUUACAGAUACUAGAGGGUGUGACUAUGGGCUCUGAAUAUGGGAGAAUUGUACACUACCACAUAACCUAUAUCUUCUCCUUAUUCCCGUUUUGCCAUUUUUAUUAGAAUUUUUUUGUUUUAGUUGCUUAGGAAAACAUAUUUUAACUCCUAGGAUGGCAAGAUGAUUACUGGGUGGGAGUUCAGGUAUUUCCAUGAGACUAUAGAGGGUCCCCAAGGAAAUCUUCAGAAGGAGAAGGGGCUCGGUACAAGGGCCUUAAUAUCAAUGAGUCUUGCUCAGCAUGUGGUAAGAGCAGAACUGUUUGAUGACCCUGUGAACCUGGUGUGAUGCAUUCGGGCUAAUGAUGCUAGCUCACAAAAUAACAAGUUAAGAGAGUAGAAAACAUGGAGUCUAAUAUUAGGAUACCAUUUCAAACCAUUUCAAGGUCAACAGAGGUUGACCAGCAUGAUCAAGGUCUAGAGCAGCAUGAUAAUUGCCAGAAUAAAGCCAGGCAGUGCAGGAACAGAAUUCAGCAGCAAAAGUCAGGAGAUACCUAGAGGCAGAGGCAGGAAUGUAUUUGUCAUUUUCAACUUAAUCUGAGGCAGCCAGAUUAACUUCUUGAGUUUCAUUUAAGAAACUAUUCCUCUUUUAAACAUACCUAUUGAAGUCUGAAUUUUAGGUAUUUUGUAUAUUUCAGUUCUGGAAUUUCCACUUAAAUCUUGCUACAAUUUCCAGUUGUCUGCUAAAAUUCUACAUUUUGUCAUUUACUUUGUUGACUAUAUUAACGUCCAUCAUUUUAAAGCCAGUUUUGGAUAACUUUAACAUCUGCAUCUGUUUGGGUCUAUUUCUUUUGUCUGUUUUCUCUGUUUGGUUUCUGGGCAUGUGAUUUUGUUUUCUCACGCAACUAGUAAUGUAUUUGAAUGCUGGAUAUUGUAUAUAAAAACU